CCGAGAGCGUCUUCCAGACCGCCCUCACCCUCUUGGGAGUGUGUUUACAUUGACACAGUUGAGUCACGCUGGGCCCCUCUGGCCAGGCUGCCUUGCAAUACGGGAUGCGGUAAAUACCUCAAGUUUCUGAACGUGAAAUCAGACGCAAAGAUCGUUUCAUAUGAGAAAUAAGGGCAGUUGUGGGGAGGUGCAGAGGGCAACACGUGAUGUCUGGGGAUCAGUGGGUGUAGUGAAGCACAGGUCGGUGCGUGAUAUAACCUAAGUGCGGUCAUGGUGUUGGCUGCUUCACCCGCUUGUGUACACCACUACUCGCACAAUAGCUGUAUGGAUGAUGAUCACUGCUCCACCCUCAUCAUCCCCGAGUGACCGCUACAUCUGCGUCUACACACCACCAUCAUUGACGCAACACUGCUGGUAAUGAUGGUGAAGACUACACCCGCCCACACUCACCAUCACUGAAGCGACAGCAGCGGUCUCUCUACGUGUGUCGACAAGUGAGGCGACGGGAUGCCCAGUAGUGGAUGGCUGUCAGCAAUAACCCGACACUUGAGCCGCCCGCCCGCGUCGCCCCACGCCCACACCCAGGACCACGCCCACAUUGACACUGGCCCGCCAGGUGGUAAUAGCAUAGCCACUGUGUCCUCACAGGAUCCCCGGAAUGGUUCGCAGUCGCCCUCUCCGCCGUGUCGGCCCACCACAUCGUGGAGUUUGGACACCCUGGACCAGGAGAUCCAGCGGGACCACGCCCGGCGGGGAGGCCCACACCCCGCGCCUUCUACAGGCAACGGACCAACCUCCAAACAAUACCAUGUUCCACACGCUGGUGCUGCUGCUCACAGCAUGAUGGAGAACCUUGGUCAUGGCUCACAGUCUAUCACCCAAACCCCAGCAGCUUCACGCCCUACCUCGGCAGCUUCACGCCCCACCUCGGCAGCCUCACGCCCCACCUCAGCAGCCUCACGCCCCACCUCGGCAGUGUCCUGUCCGUCUGCAGCAGCUCCCCGCCCAGCCUCGGCGGCCUCCCGCCUCUCUGCGCCUGGGCACUCUAUGAUGCGAGUUCAGGCACAGGCGAUGGCUGCACACGACCCUGCGUCCUCGCUACCCCAGCAGGUAGGGGAGGAACUACCAUACGGGGGUUACCCUGGGGAGGAGACCAUGGAAGCUCGGAGCCACUACCACAUCCCCACGGUCAUCCCGCCCCUGUACGAGCGCGCCGUGCCCGCCCCCACCCCGGCCUCCACCCGCUGCAACACGCCCAUCUGGGACUGGGACGGAGAGAAGAGGGUCAGGUUCCUCGAGCCAGAGGUAGUGGGAGAGAACCCGUCUCGACCGUCCAGCGUCACCUCUCAGUACUCUCACGUGCUCAAAAACUCCACCAGGUUCGCCUUCGAGUCGUCCCAGGUGCUUACGGGGGAGUUGGGGGGCCACAAUCCCCGCUUCUGCAACUGUCCCUGCCACUUCAUCCCACUGGGGCGUCGCAGUACGGGGGUGCAGGUCCGUCGGACCGACCCAGAGCCACCCCGGCCUCGUCACUACCGCCUUUUCCUCACGCCAACCACCCAGGGCCUCGGCAACCUCAACCUGGGCACCAAGUCCUUCUGCAUGGUGACCCGCGCCUUGCUCUCCCAGGUGGGCUUGAUGUUGGUAGUGGUGGCGUGGUGGGUGGCAGGGGCGGCCAUCUUCUCCACCGUGGAGGGCGCAGCUGAGAGCGAGACCGUCAACAGGAUGGCUACCCUUAGAACCGACCUGGUGCUGGGACUCGCCACCGAGCUGAGACAGGUACUGCCAUACGAGGCCGUGUGGCGCACGAAAAUAGAGACGUACAUGGAGCGUCUGGAGACAGCCGUGCUGGACGCGGCGAGGGCCGGCUACGCCUCCAGGGCGCCUACAUGGACAAUGUCGGGUGCCCUCCUGUAUUCAGCCUCACUCACCACGCUCGUAGGUCCCAGCGGCAUGACUCUUCGCACAGGCUUCAGCCGGAUUUUUGCUAUUCUCUUCUCCCUGGUUGGCGCGCCGCUUGUCCUUCUCCUAGCCAUUAGCGGCGCCUUCACUAUCCGCGAGGGGAUAGGGAAGGCGUGGGAGUGGCGCUGUGGAUAUGGAAAACAAGCCAGAAUUGCAGAUGGACGUGGCCAAGUUGUGGAAGGUCGAGCGGGCCAGUACGGCAGUGGUCGAGGUGGUUCAGCCAUCAGCACCCUCAACUUGGCCAGCAGACCCCAGAGUUCGACCAGCGCGGGUGUUGGCCCCGGAGCCUCGGAGCGAGGUACCCGGGUCACGCCCAAUGGUCCCGGGGAAUUACCUGGCUCUAUAGGGCCGCCCAAUAGUGCCAAUCAAAGACACCCGGGAGGAAAGUCAGACUUCCAGCAGCAGUCCCGCGUGCCAACCCUAGACUCAACUCUCCGUUCCACCAAUGUUUAUUCUUCAAAAGACACAGACCAAAGCAGUGCCUCCAGUGAAACUUCAAACAGUAUCUCCGGCAGUGGUCCCAAUACCUUACCGAGCAGCUCUCAGUAUCGGACUGUGAGAAGUGAACAAACGUUUUCUGGAGGUGUCAACACUGCUCAGAGAGUUGGAGACGCGCAGGCGCCGAGGCGUAGCCAUGCGGUGCCCUGGGCUAUAUACCUGGCUCUAUUAGUUUUGUACAUCAUCCUAGGACUGGCCAUUUUUGCGCCUAUCCAGCGGUGGAGCCUGCCAUCGUCCCUAUACAUUGUAGUGAGUACCUUGCUGACCCUGGACAAUGACAGCCUAGGGGAGAAGCAGCAGCUGGGGACGAGCCGGAUCAUCGUACCGUACGUGGUGUACAUGCUGCUGGGGCUGGUGCUGGUGGCCACGCUCGUCAUCAGCGUCUGGUCCUCCAUCUGCAGCUCCCUCGUCACCACCGGCAAGUACCUCACCGUCGUCAGACCCACGCCCAGAUAACACUGACUCCACGACACCUAUAGACAAUUUUUUGAGACUAUUUUUACAGAAUGUUUAUAUUAUGUCGUAAACCUCAACCGUUACUCCGAUGCAUUGAUUUACAAUUUUAUAACUGUUUUUCCUAGUGAGGCGGGAGAGGAAGGGACUGGAGCCGGGGUGGCUCUCUGUCCCACCUUUGUGACACCUGGUCAAAUAAAAAUGACAACUAA